AUGAGCUCUUCGUUUCAAGUCUCCGAGCAUAUUAUUGAUGCUCAGCAUGUGCGAGACUCAGCUCAAGCGACAGCGACUCCAGACGCCAAACUGAAGCUCUGCAUCAAGCAAUACACACCGCUAGACAAUUUCGACCCCCAGCCUGGCGACGUGACCAUCAUCGGUACACAUGGAACAGGGUUUCCCAAGGAACUAUACGAGCCUUUGUGGGAAGAAUUGCUUGCUCGUGCAAAUACAAAUGGAUUUCGUAUACGAUCUAUCUGGAUUGCAGACAGCGUGAACCAAGGGGCCAGUGGUAUUCUCAACGAAAAACAAUUAGGAAGCGACAUAUCAUGGUCUGAUCUUAGUCGCGAUCUAAUCCACAUGGCCAACCACUUCCGCGACCAAAUGCCACAGCCCAUCAUGGGUAUAGGACACAGUCUCGGGGCAACACAGCUUAUUUUCGCCUCAUUAAUGCACCCACGCCUUCUGUCCUCCAUCAUCUUACUCGAACCAUACGUUGCCGUCACACCCCGCACAACGGAUGAAAGGAAAUUGAUGACCCUAGCAACAUUCCGACAGGACAUCUGGCCAUCGUACACCGAAGCCAUCCAAAAAGCGCGCAAGGCCUUCAAAGCCUGGGACGAGCGCGUAUUUGAAAAAUGGACACAGUUCGCAUAUCGCAGUCUCCCCACCGCCAUCUAUCCAUCCUCGCAACCGGGCUCCGUCACACUAGCAACUUCAAAACACCAAGAGCUAAUGGCUUAUGGGUAUCCUCGGCCUCGGGCACGCACGCCCGUCAUUCUCCCGGGAGAAAAGGUCGAUCAGGGAGCUAUAGAUGCGUUGCCGGAACGACAGAUCUAUAGGACUGAGCCUCUUUUGGCGAUGAAGUUGAUUGGGCAUGUUGCUCCUUCGGUGCUUGUUGUUAGUGGGGCGGGAAGUAGUCUUUAUGAGGAUGGAUCUCAUGAGAAUGUUGCGCGCGUUGCGGGGACUGAGUUUGGGGGUAGUGGGGGGAUGGAGGUUGGGCGGGUGCGGCAUGAGGUUAUUGGCGAGGCUGGGCAUACUCUGCCGUUUGAGAAGAUUGCGGAUACUGCUUCGGUGGUGGCAUCGUGGGUUGGGAAAGAUAUGCGGCAGUGGCGGGAGGAUGAUGAUAGAGUGAGGAUGGAGUGGGGAGGGCUUUCUUUGAAGGAAAAGACAACGUUCUCGAAGGAGUGGUUGGAACUUAUUGGUAGCCUACCUGGCUUCCAGGGACGCUCCAGGCUAUAG